AUGUCUUUAAACGGCACCGAUGGGAAAAAAUAUGGCCUGAUAAUCCCCAGUAAGAAGCCAGUCAGAGAACCAGUUCGGACAAAUAUACCAGAAAAGACUUUCGAAGACGAGUCUGAUGACGAAGAGGAUGCAAAAUUUGUAAGCACGCCCUCCGCUGAUAUGUGUCUCUGGAUAUAUAUGACAAAAAUUAACCUCGAAAAAGCCCUUGAAGAGGACGCAACUGUUUUCCAGUAUGAUGAGGUGUACGACGAAAUUAACCGAGAAAAAGAUCAAAAACUGUUGGAAAAAAGCGGGUCCGUAGCACGAAAGCCCAGAUAUGUUAGCAAGCUGCUCAAAGCUUCGGCCGUUCGAAAGCUUGAGAAGGAGCUGCUCACGGAGCGAAAAGCCCAGAGGGAAAUCGAAGCGGAAAAAGAGAAGUAUGGUGACAAGGAGUCCUUUGUUACGGGAGCUUACAAGUUGGUCGAAAAGCGACGGGAAGAGGAGGCAAGAGAAGCGGUAAUGGAUGUGACUAAACAGGACGGCCUGGGUGGUUUCUAUCGUUACAUGUUCCAACAGAAAACCGGAUCACAACCUUCGACGUCCAGACAGUCGCCGGGCUCUUCUGACAAGGUUAGUCUUCGCUCACAUCUCUGGUAA